ACAAAAAGUCGAUAUCAACAGACAACAACUAAAUAUUUUUAAAUAUGUUUUUACUUUUUAGUUUUUUGAAAUACAAAUUUCAAUAAUUACAUAUCACGGUUAACGCGACAAAAAAUGUUAAGUUUUUCUAGUUUAAGCAGUACAAUAAGUGUAUAACUGACAUACUUAUAAGCAAAACCGACAAAAUCGAAUUGACAAACAAAAACUCAUCAAAUGUUUUAUUUAAGCACAAUGAAAAAAAAAAAAAAAUUAAACUUGCACCAGUGAACGAAAAUAAUGAAAUGUUACUCGAUAGUCGGCAGUUGUUAGUUUGUUAUUGAGUUUAUUAUCUGUUCGUUGAGUGAUGAACGGUAACUAUUGGCCACGAGAGCCAUCUCUGUGUGCGGCCGACGAAAUGAAGCGCCCGACUAUGGUGGCUGACGAACGUCUCGCUUAUUGGGCGCAUUGUCACAACUAUCAGUUGGGGGACAAAAUCGGCGAAGGAUCAUUUGGUAAGGUGUUCAAAGCUUUACACACGAAAAGCAAUACAAUAGUUGCGUUCAAAUUCAUUUAUAAACUAGACGAGUGGAAAACUUUACAGCAAGAAGUCGUGAUCCAACAGAAACUAAACCAUCCCAACAUCGUCAGGAUGAUAGAAUCUUUUGGAAAUGAAAACGGGAUUGCAUUAGUCAUGGAGUUUGUACCUCGAUCGCUCAAAGAAAUCAUCGAGUUUGAAGGUAUUUUAAGUGAAGAUAGGACACGUGUGAUUAUUUGUCAUCUUGUGUCGGCUCUUCAUUAUUUACAUAAGAACAACAUUUUACACAGAGAUCUAAAACCGCCAAAUAUAUUACUAGACCAUAAUGACGUUGCGAAAUUAUGUGAUUUUGGUUUAGCAAGAUUAAUGUUGACGGGUACACAAGUAUUAACACAAGCGUCACUCAAAGGAACUCCUCUGUACAUGGCUCCAGAAGUGAUAAACUCUCCGGUUAUACCUCCUACCUAUAAUCACAAUGCCGAUUUAUGGUCGUUGGGAUGCAUAGCCUACCAUUUACUGUGUGGCAAACCACCGUUCGAUACAAAAUGUUUAAUGCACUUAGUGCAAAUGAUGAAAGAUCAACCGAUUCUAUUGCCCAAAACAGUAUCUCCAUCCUGUCGCAGUUUUUUGGAACAACUUUUACAAAAAAAUCCUUUGGAAAGGCUCACAUGGCCUACUCUGUUACAUCACGAAUUUGUACGAAACCGAGUGUACACCACAGACCGAAAUCGAGACAAUGACACAUCGUCGGAACUCGACGAUAUUGUGUCGCCGUUGCAUACAAUGAGAAUUAAUGAAGAACUACACACCAACGAUUCUUCAACCAGUGAAAAUUCACUGACAUCUGCAGGCGACACAACCGAGGAAGAUUUGAGGUCGAGUCAAUCCAGUUGGUGCUCGGAAACGUGUCCGGAGUUGGAUAUAUGUUCUAACAAAACAAACUCUACAAGUAAUAACACCAACAAUAAUGAUUUUAUGAGCGAAGAAUGGAUUGUAUUUCUUCGACAAAGUGCUUCAGAGGUUUUGUCCGGAAAUUUAGCGUCCAUGAAUCAAAAAAGCUUUAUACUAGUAGUGUUAUCGUCUCUGAAAAGCAUCACCGUGUCUUCCAAGUUGUUACAUUAUGUCGUUACACUGUUAGCCGUACCGUUUGUUACUCCUAAUGUUCAACAGAACGACAAAGACGCAAUAACUCGAAUUUAUGUGGAAUCCAACGUAAUUCCAUGCUUGAUGCAAGCGUUUUGCAGUGCUUUCAAAUCGUCCAUUCGUAAUUGUGUAUCGCCUGCUCCACCUGACACGAUCGGCAUACAAGAGUUGGACAGUCUAGAAUCUGUACUGUUACUGAUCGAAGGGUUGUCGUUGGACAAACCCGUUGAGUGUCUAACACAAUUUUGCGAUAGCGUAACUGUUUUGAAACUUGUGCCGCACAUGCAAAGGUGUUUGUCUUUGAGUCACGGCAACACACAACUAGUGGCAAACACGUUGGCCGUGUUAAUUUUAACAUUGAUAUACUUGCCGCGUAACAUAGGAUUAGUUCAAGAUAUUGUACUGGGAACAAAUUUAGAAGGCAGGAUUUCGAAUGUCGAGCUGCACAAAUUGAUUAGAAACAACGAAGACGCUUCAGUCAGAGAGAGAACGUGUGUUCUCCUGUUACAUAUGACCAGACUUAACCCGAACAGUCUGGCCAACGCUUGGCAUCAAACUCUAACAAAUGAUAUUGAAUUUUUAAUGGAUGAUCCAUGCCCCAACGUUGUUCAGGCGGCAACGUAUGCAUCAGAACUAUUGAAAAAAACACAAUUUUACCGUAUCGAAACCGAUCACUGACCGAAGCGAAUGACAGCUCAUCUUUUGAGUUUUUUAUGUUAAUUUGUUUUUUUUUUAUAUACCUUUGUUUGUGCUUUGGAUAUACGAAUCAUUUCCUAUCUUUUACAACGCGUCAUUAAUUAUUAUUAUCGACAAACAAAAUGUGCCAUUGUGAUAUUAUUCAUGUAUUUUUUUGUAUAUAAUACAUAACUACAGCAGAGUGUGUAGUAAUCCUAAGACUAACUCUCGACGAAUUCGUGAAACGGUACGACUAGCCACCUCUUCACAAAAUAUUAGUAUAAGAUAUAUUUUAUUGUUAUUUUUAUUACGAAGAUGAUGAAAAUAAAAUCGUUUAAAAAUCA